AUUAUGACAGAAAAAACUUCACGUGAGCAAGGCAUUACAAUUCAAGUUAUGCGUCUUGCAAAACCAAUCCCCAGUCAACCAAUUUCAUCAUUUUGUGGUCCUUCCGAUGUAGAUUUUUUAAAUUCUGGUAAUCAAUUAAUCGAUCUUCCAUCAGGCCAAUACUCAAUAGUUCCACAUGUGACGAGUUAUCUAAAUUUAUUUUUAAUUUUUAAAGAGCUAUUCUAUACAAUUUUAGUGAUGUGUUUUUGGGUGAAUGUUUUACUUUUUAUGUUGCAAUUAUUAACACAACUUUAUUUAAAUGCGAACAAAUAAAUAUGAAGGUUGAUAUUCAAACUCAAUUACAGAGAAUUUCUAUUGCUGAAACUUCUUUUAGUAAUGUUAGUUUGGUACAUAAACAACAAGUUGGACAAAUAUUUUCUCAUGAAAUAAAUGAACUUGGACAGCAUAUAUUGGUUUGCAGUGUUUCUUACAUUGGAGGUAAUGAGGAGAAAUUAAAUCUUCGAAAAUUCUUCAAAUUUUCUGUUAAUAAACCUGUUGAUUUGCUUAAUCAAACAUUUUAUGAAUUAAAUGAUAAAACAACAUUUUAUGAGUUCCAAAUAAAAAAUUUAACUCCUAAUCCUAUUUUUAUCGAGUCUUUGACAUUUGAAGAGUGUGGCAAUAAUUUACCUUAUAAUUAUGAAUUAACUGGUUUUCCUUCGUUAAACAACGAUUCAGAACCUUUGGGUCUACAAAAUAUCCAUCAAUAUAUUUUUCGACUAACACCUAAUGAACAAUGCGAUGCUGAAAAUUGGAGGAAAAUUCUCAAUUUUGGGAGAUUAAAAAUUGUGUGGCGAUCAACAACGGGUGAUAAUGGUCGAACAUUUUUUAAUACCAUCGAGAGGUCACAAUUUAUAUGCAAGGAUUUGAGACUUACUGUUGACAGGGCACCGAAAAAAGCAAAAGUAAAUGGAAUGUUGACUGUUGUUUGUAAUCUUAGAAAUUGGAGUGAUCGUCCUUUGGAUUUGUUAUUAAAUUUUGAUCAAAACGUUGGCCCAAUUAUUCAUUGUUCGGUCAGUGGCCAACGACUGCCAACAAUUCUACCUGGGCAUAAUAUACAAAUUUCAUUUGAAAUUUUGCCUUAUGUAAAAGGGUUACAGGUUCAAUUUGUUGUUAUGCUGUUUAAUUUAUUUUUAGAGCAUUUCUGGAGUACUUCUAACAGAUUUAUUUCUAAAAAGAACUUUUGAGUUUAAUAAUAUUUUUGAUAUUUUUAUUGAAUAAUUUGUUGAUAAAUGUUUUAUUAUUAUCUUAUUUUAUUUAAAUACAGUUAACAUACAUGUUGACAUAUUUUUUCAUUUUUUGCUUUUUAUUGUUAACUAUUUUUAAUUAAAUUUUUAACCUUUAGACUAUUUCCUGUUCGUUUAAUGCAGCAAUCCAAUCCUUUCAUGGUCGCGCGUGAAGUUCUCCCGUUUCGUUUCACAGUGUAACCUAACAAUCCGGUUUAACCCUCUCUUCCGUCCCCAACGGCAGCAGCUUGAGGCGAGAAGAGGGUCUGUUUAAUCUGUCUUCCUUUUGGGGUAAGGGUGUCAUCAUCAUCUAGCCAGUUAUUUUGCUAAUGUUGAAUUAAAAAUGGUAGUUCCAUGAAUGAAGUUAGAAAAAGAUCCACAAUAGGCAGAUAAAUACAUAGUUGCUUUUCCUCCUUUAUAUGAGAAAAGCAGGAAAAUAAAUUAGCUUUGAUACAACGGAUAAUUUCGAGGGGUAGUCGGUAACAAGUGAAGCGGAAAAAUGAUAAGGCUAAAUUAUUUUUUGGAGGACGUUUAAAAAAUAUAAUUAAUAGAGAGGAGCAUUUAAGGAUGGGUAAAAAGUUGUGAAAGAGAGAACUGCUGGUCACGGGUGAAGCGGAAGAUUGUCGGGGAAAGGUGGUGUA